AUGAACGGUCAGGAGAUACUCGCCUGGGCUGUGUUCAUAUCGUAUUUUCUCUUCAUCUUCCUGUCUUUCGGUCUUGUGUUCCGGUCAAUUCUUUCCGGAAGUCAUGUCUCCAAGUUAUUCGAAGGAAGAGCUUUCUUCUUCCUGCGUACAGCUGUAGGAGCGCUGCUCUGUACAUGGUACUACAUGUUCAAUUUCCUAAUUUGGUCGUACAAGUAUCAUUCACGUCUGAAUCAGACAAGCAGUAUAGGAAACUGGCUUGUACAUACACCACUUUUUGAACAAGCUUGGACAGUAGUUUGUACUGGAAGAGCGAAUUGGUGGUGGUCUAGUUGGAUUUGUACAUGGACAGUAAUUUUCACUGCUAUUGUAUGGAUAGAGAGUGGUAGAAGGGGUAUCAAAUAUCCUUACGCAUAUAUGCUUCUAGGUCAAUUAGUUGCUAUAUCAGUUUCAACUGGUUUGUUUUUAGUAGCGAUUUAUUUACAUCCAAGAAUACGGUCAACACCUCGCAAAUUCCCUGUAUACAUUGCAUUCCCUCUUUUGAUGUCAUUCAUUCCGAUAUAUCUUCUACCUCGACAUGUCAACAGUGAUAGAUUCAUGAAUUCACUAUUAUGGUUACACGGAGCAUUACUAUUACCUCUCACAUCAUCUUCAAGCAGUGACAUAGCUGAGAAUGCCAAAGCAACAGUACCCUCUUCUCUGCUAUAUCAAAUGCUUAUAGCUGUAGCAGCAGCAAUUCAUUAUCCAGCUACCGCUCGUUUAUUGGCUUCCUUACCGGCUGGUCAACCAUUACAUGUCAAAUUGUAUAAAGCGAUAUUCGUUCAUCCAGCACAAAGCUCGAUCUCUCUCGACGUAAUCUGGGUCGCAAUCAUUCUUGCAUCAUGGUUCAUUCUUUCAGGUUCAAUCACCGCUCGAGUAAUUAAGAGUACUAUCGCUGGAGCUGCUUCUGCGACAGUAAUCGCCAGAUGGACCGGCGUCAAUUGGGGCUUGAUAGCUAGUGUUUUUCCUAUUUUACUUUUGUUUGGGGCCGGUACAGCAGUUCUGGCUUUGCAAAGAAUGAGAUCAAGAAAUGUAGUGAGACGGAAAGAGCUGUUAGAAAAGAUGAAUAUGCCUGAGAACUCUGUGGUACCUGGUACAGCGAAUCAAGCUCCUAAAAUGAGUGGACAGAAACUAGUAGUAGGAUUUUGGCACCCUUAUUGCAAUGCUGGUGGAGGAGGUGAACGUGUUCUGUGGUCUGCUAUCAGACAUCUCCAGAAAACAGAAAAAGAUGUACUUGUGCUAGUAUAUUCUGGAGAUUACCCAGCUGCUAGUAAGGAGGAUAUAUUGCUAAAAGCUAAGAGUCGUUUUUCAAUCGAUGUCGACGCUUCUAGACUACAUUUCAUACCUUUACCCUCCAGGCAUCUCAUCUCCGACGGGUAUUGGAAGAAAUUCACUUUGCUGAACCAAUCUCUGGGCAGUGUUUAUCUCGCCUGGGAAGGUUUAUGCGGGAAAGAUGGAUUAUGGGGAGACAUCUUCAUUGAUUCGAUGGGUCACGCAUUUACCUUUCCGUCGGUCAGAUUAAUCACUGGAUCUCAGACUACUGUAGGAGCAUACAUACACUACCCUACUGUUAGUACAGACAUGGUGAAAAGAGUGAGGGAGAGAAGCUCUGGUGGAGUAGAAAAUGCCGGCGCAUCGAGUAGCUGGCUGAAGACACAGAUCAAACUUGUAUAUUAUCGAAUCUUUACCUCGUUAUAUUCCGUAUCCCUACUUUUCCCUCAACAUAUAAUGACGAAUUCAUCAUGGACACAAGCUCACAUCCAAUCCCUCCUCAAUUCAGCUCGAAACUCUUUCCUUGCAAGUCUACUUUUGAAGGAUGAUUUGACGAUACAAAAAAGAGAAGAAAGAGGUGAAACCAGAAAAGAAGACAGAGCGAGAUGUGAAGUUGUAUAUCCACCUUGUGAUACGAAAGAAUUUGUCAAGCUGGGCAGUUUGGAUAACAGGAAGAGGGAGAUGGUCUCUCUAGCACAAUUCCGGCCGGAGAAAGAUCAUGCCAAGCAGCUCCAUGCUCUGGCAUCAUUAUUCGAAAAACAUCCGCAAUACCGAAGUGGGAAACAGAGUAUCAAGUUGAUAAUGAUGGGUGGAUCACGGGAUUCAGCAGACGAAGAGCGACUCAACGGGCUGAGACGACUAGCCGUCAAGCUGGGUAUAACCGAUAACGUGGAAUUCCUGGUCAAUGCACCGUAUUCCGAAAUCGUAAAGCGGUUAGGAGAUGCUUCGAUAGGGUUAAACACUAUGAUGGAUGAACAUUUCGGCAUUAGCGUGGUCGAAUUCAUGGCUGCGGGAUUAAUUCCUAUCGUCCAUGCUUCGGCAGGACCAUUGAUGGAUAUAGUGGUACCGUUCCAUAAGCAAAAGACAGGUUUCCACGCUACGGACGCAGAUUCAUUCGCAGAAGCCAUUCAUCAAGCGUUCAGCCUUCCCCUCAAGGAGAGUGUUAGCACACGCAAAGCGGCCAGAGAACUGGCUGUCCAGAAAUUCUCAGAAAAGGAAUUCGAAGAAGGUUGGCGGAAAGGUUGGAUAACACUGAAAGACUUGGCAUUGAGAAACAGCGCUAAAGCGGGUUGA